UACACAUUUCUGGUUUUAUUUCUCAGUUAGGCGUGAGACCUUUGUUCGGAUGACUGUCUAGGAAACUGAAAAAUCGAUCACAGAGAGACAUUAAUGAAAGGAAAAGGAGCAACACAACAACCGUGAAAUCAACAUGAACUUGGGUUUCUUCUUCACCAUCGCAUUUCUUAUGUUUAGCACAGUCAGCGGAUGUAAGGUAGACGUCCAACAGUCACCGGAGCUGAUCAGAGAAAAGCGGGAUCAGUCCGUGUCCAUCCCAUGCUCCGUCUCCGUGUCCAGCUGUCCAAACAGCCAGCCUCACAUCUCUUGGUAUGUGUUCAGGAAUGACUCUCACUACCAGCUCGAUUUGAAAGCCAACUCGCUGAAGUACACACAGGAGCAACACGGCCUGAAAAUCAGCUCUCUGUCAGAACCAGACUCUGGGGUUUACCUCUGUGCAGCCGCUCUGCUGGAUGUGGCUCACUAUGGGGCGCAGGCAAUCGGACAGGGAACCACUUUAAAAGUCUCAGAGACGGGCUUAAAUGUCUCUCAAGCACUGUUGUUGACGUUGCUUGUCCUGCUGAUUGUGUACAGCCUCCUCGUCCUGGUCAUCAUCAUCUGCAUAAAGAUUGGAAAAUUCGAUUUAGUCUUUAAAAGAAGAUGGAGUAAAAGUGAGAAAAAGGAGAACCCAGCUAAGCAAGUUCUCUUCAGCGGAGUGAUGCAAGAACUGGCCAAGAGGAACUUAGUUGGUGGUCGCAAAGUUCAGUCGCACUACAAAGUUUCACAAGACAAGUCUACAGCUCUUCAGAAUCAGCACCAUAGUGAAGAUCUUUACCAAAAUCUUGAUGAGUGAAAGGAAACCACUGCCCUGAUCCACACUUGUCCCUGCAAACCUGGAAGCUAUAAUUUGGGGAAAUGACAUUUCUUUCAACAUAUUGGAUUUUUGCACUCAUUUAAAAAAUCGUCAUGUGAAAAAAUAAACUUGAAAUAAACAUGAUGUUGUAAUAUGGUGGUUGGGUGACCCAAGAUUGUGACAUGUUGUCUGUCGUUGACCUUCCUCUCACAAGUGUUUUAUAAAUCACGUGAGCACUCUGUAACCGUAUGCUGUUUGUUCAGUUAAAGGCUCUUAAACCACACUGUUUAGGCAUGACUGUACAUUCAAUUACCUUCGUGUUUUAAAAAUAUUCAAUUAGCUAUCAUAAACUGUGCAUCAUUUGAAAGCUAAAAAACACUCAAGAUUUCGUCUUCUAGACUUGUUUUGAAAUCAAUGCACCAGAGAGUUCCUGGUCAUUUAGUGUUGAUUGUAUUAAAGAUGCUGUGAAUGAACUGGA